AAUUAUUUACAUACUUAGUUUCAUUGCCCGAAACCAGCUCCAGCGUAUGGCUAAAAGCAGCCUAACAUUAUCAAAGAACAUCAUCACUGAUUAGCCUAGCUUAUUUUAAUGCAAGUUUAUGCAUUUUAAAAAAAACAUUUGCAUUAUAAGUAAAGCUAUCUACACUGUAUGAUGAAAAGGGAUUUUUUAAAAAACUAAAUAUCUCCUUUUGGAGUGGACUUUGAGAUUUGUAACUUUGUAAAUCUUUUUUAUGCCCAAAGAUACACACCACACACUGACUAAAGUUCAAAAAGUGAAAAAGCAUAAUAUCACCCUUUUAAAGAAUUUGUGCUCUGCAGUGUGGUUAGAAAUACUGGUUAAUAAAAAAUGUAUUUGAAAAUUAUUGAUAAUCAGUAAUCAUUUUAUAGUCACACAAUUUGAACAGAAUAAAAAUAUGCUUAGAUUACUCUUUCUUUCUCCAUACAUCAUCAAAUUUAUGAAAGCCAGUUUUCGCCAUGUGUAACUCAUAAUUAUGACUUUACAUUUCUCAAAUAAUUGAAACGAAUUAAUAAUCAAAUAAUCAAUCUCAUUCAUGUCAUUUACAAUAGCAGACAUGAGAGAUCGAUAUGUACAUUUUAUUCAAAUAUAAUGUAAUAUAUCAAAUUUUAUACUUCAAGCUUUUGAUGAAUGUUUAGUUCAUCUUUCAAUCAGAAUUGUACCUCAUUGCAUUAGCCUGUGUUUUGCCCCUUAAAAAAUGUCUGAGCUCCAUAUUCUCCUACAUUACACUGAUAUGAGCCAUAAAAGCCUGAUGUAGCAGGCAAAUUAAAACUUAAAGACAUAAUUUCCACAAUUACACUCAGCAACUUACAUAGCCACCAGUGUUGGCUAGAGUAAAAAGUGUAACAAUUAAUUUUUCCAAUAUGUGUUAGGUAGUACCAUAAGAUUGGCCUGUGUAUGAAACAAUUGCAUAAGAUCACCAUUUCCUGGCAGCAGGUGGCAAAGUGACUUUCUGUAACUCAAAUUAGAAGCAUUAGUGAAGUAUGCAAACUUCACAGAUGAGCAGGGUGUGUACUAAAACAGUGGCAACAUGCUAGAAGGUAAAACAAGGUGUGUCAGAGGUAAAUUAAUCACAGGGUCCUACUGAAUGUGGCAGCUCUUGCUUUGCUUGUCAUUAGACACUAUAAAGGAAACAGCAAACAUUACACAGACGACAACAUGAAGAUGACGCUGGGUCAAGCUGUGUGUUUUGCAGGAGCCAUACUUCUUAACAUAGCAGGCUCACUCUGUCAGUUAAACGUGUGUGGUCAGGCUCCCCUCAACACCAAGAUUGUUGGAGGACAAGAAGCAGUUAGGGGGUCCUGGCCCUGGCAGGCAAGCCUUCAUCAAAUUUCAUCUGGAAGACAUUUCUGUGGUGGGAGUCUAAUCAAUAAAGACUGGGUUUUGUCUGCAGCUCACUGCUUCAAGAGCAUCGGUGCAUAUAAUGUAAAAAUCUACCUUGGCCGUCACCUCCAAUCGGGCUCAAACCCAAAUGAGAUCUCCAGAACAGUAACUAAGCUCAUCACCCAUCCCAGCUAUAGCACAACUACCCAAAACAAUGACAUAGCACUACUGCAGCUCUCCUCUUCCGUGACGUUCACUGAAUAUGUUAAGCCAGUUUGUCUGGCGGCUGCUGGUAGUGUAUUUGGAGGAGGAACAAAGAGUUGGAUCACUGGAUGGGGCAAACUCAAUUCUGGAGACACCCAGAUUCCAAACAUACUGCAGGAGGUGGAGAUACCAAUUGUAAACAACGAUGUUUGCAAUGAGGCCUUUAAAGGAAUCAUUACAAGCAACAUGUUGUGCGCUGGACUAAAUGAGGGUGGAAAAGAUUCAUGUCAGGGAGACUCUGGAGGUGCAAUGGUAAAUAAGAACGACUCCCUGUGGAUUCAGUCUGGCAUUGUGAGUUUCGGUAAAGACUGUGGGCUACCAAAGUACCCUGGCGUUUACACCAGAGUGUCUCAAUACCAGUCUUGGAUCAGCUCUCAUAUAAGCAGCGAUCUGCCUGGAUUUGUCUCAUUCACCUCCACUGAAUCCAGCUCGGGCUCACCCAGUCUCCUCUUAAUUCCCCUUUCACUCACAUUAGCCAUCAUUUCUCUGAUUUUCUCCUUGUUUGUAUUUAUUUAAAAACAAGUCAUAAUUCUGUGAUUUAUAUUAUGUCAUUCUCUAAAGUAUUAUAGUAUUACAGUAUGCCAUAAAAUAUUAUAGUACAAUUAAUGUACCAAUAGUAUGUGUGCAUGUGUAGGCCUUUACACACACACACAUGUUUGUUUUUGUAAAUUUUGGGGACUUUCCAUAGACUUCUAUAGUUUUUAUACUGACCAAACCAUAUUGUCUAUCCCCUCACCCAACCCUAACCCUAAACCUACCCCUUACAGAAAACAUGUUUGCAUUCUUACAUUUUCAGAUAAAUAUCAUUUACUAUUUGUAAUCAUUUUUUUACAUGGUGGGGACCGCAGACUAAAAGCAGGUAAAAUUUUCAGGUUUUACUAUCCUUGUGGGGACAUUUGGUCCCCACAAUGUAGCAAGAACAAGUACACACACACACACAGCCAAUGUCCACAUACUGCAUUAACACAAAGCAAUACAAAUGCACUGCAGUCACUUUGUAUUUAGAUAAAGUUUUAUUGUACAAUAGAAGUGUACAGUAACCUA